UGAUGCCCCUCUUCUACGCAGUGUGUCGCCAGCGCUACGAGAAAGAGUGUGAAGGAAAGGGCUUGAGAGUAAAAGAGGAGGAGAGGAAGACCCUCCAAAAAGGCCGCCGGUCGUCGCCUUAGUUUUUCGGUCCCUCCUGCAGUCAGCCACACUCCGCGGGAAACACCCUCCCCUGAUCUUUAUAGAGAGAGAGGAGGGGAGAGGCGGGGUGUUUCCAGUCCUCACCUCCUUGCUUGCUUUCCUCCGCGGGGGCAGCUGUGACGCCGUCGACUUCGACGCCGCCGCGACGGCGGCAACGUUAGCAGAAGAGGGAGAGCGCGAAGCCCCACGAGCGCCGCUUUUUUACCUUGCCUCACGCCUCCCAGCAUCCGUAGCCGCCGCCAUCAUGGCAAGCAGCCGCUUGACGCCGGGUCCAAGCGCAGCGCCCCGGCGCAACGCCUCCUACGACGCCGGACUGUCCUAAAGGGGCCGACGGCACGCGAAGAACGGCACUUGGGCGCCCCGGGAGAGCCGACCCGAAGUUUCACGCCGCCGAUCGACACGAAGUAGGGACGCGACGCGACGAAACAGUCCCGAGCUCGCGUACUCGAGGAUCGGUACCGGGUGGUUUCGAGGACGCCUGGAGAUCUGCAAGGUACGAAAGAACGGUGCACGUCGUCACGUCCCGGACGCCUCUGUAUCUGUGUCAGUAUGAGGACGAUGACGUCGGAGAGGACAUGCUGUGCGCUUCGUUCGUGGCCGUGUGCGACGUCGUCGUCCGUGCUCCUGGUAGGCCUAGCGACGUCUCUCGUCGUCUUCGUGCCGCGCGUGGUCGUGGCGCAGGACCCGCCGCACUACCCGGCGCGCCAGUUUCGGAUAACGACCACGACGACGACCACUACCACGACGACCACGACAGCUGCGCCGGCGUCCGUCGCGCUGUCCGCGGCAGAGAUGGGACUGCGCUGCGACUUCGAAGAGGAACCGUGUGCCUGGACUUGGAACGCCGGUUUCGCGCUGGCCACAGCGACGAACGGCAGCAGUGACACUGCGACUGCGGGCCGCGGCACCAAGGGUGCGGUGCUUCGGGUCUCCUCGCCCGCCGCCGACUCUGCGCGCAAUGUGUCAGGUCACUUCCUGUACUAUGGUGUGCGGGAAGGUGCAGUGUCAGCGGCGGCUCCGGGUAACGUGUCGUCCCCGUGGCUACGCCAGGCGGCGCUACAGCGCUGCACUCUCGUUUUCGACAUGCACGCGUCCAACAUGGCCGACGGGGCCGUCGCCGUGCUCCUCACUAACCCUAACCACACCUGGGAAGUGCGCAAAGUUCCGGGAAACUCGCUCGGCCUAUGGCAAACGUUCCAAGCACCGCUUGGAAGGCAGGAGCCUCCCUUCGUAGUCACCAUAGAAGUUCUGCCAGGGAAAUCCGCGCCCGGUCACCUAGCCUUGGAUGGCAUCAGACUGGAAAACUGCGUCGAACAACCAAGGCGCGUGGGAACGUGCCUAGAGACGCAGUUCCGCUGCACCAACUCCACCUGCAUUGACCGCCAGGAAGUUUGCGACGUGCGAGUCAACUGCGCCGACGGAGAAGACGAAAAACAGGGCUGUGAACAAGUACCGAGGGGCGCUCGGUGUUCCUUCGAAGAGCUCGACGGAGAAACGGACAGCAGCGACCCAACUAUAUGCGGCUGGCGGAACAAGCUUCGUUCCGGCAGCGGCGAGUGGCGCCGCGUAGCGGCCGCCAAUGCAACAUCCAAGUACGCGCCCGCCCACGACCACAGCACAGACAGUUCCAAAGGACACUACGUUUGCGCCACGGGGAAGGCAUUUGGCCACGCAGCCGUCCUGGAGAGCCCGGAAUUCCCGAAGCUGCCCUACUACCACAUGAACCACACUUCGGCGUACUUCAAUUCCUGCCACGUUCGUCUUCACCACUACGCGGAUCGCACGCUGCGUCCCUACGGCCUGACGCUGUACGCUGUGGAGCGGGACCCUCGCCACGCAAGCGGCCUGCGCCACGAGCUGUGGUCGGCCUCGAUCAAGGACGACGCGGCCGGCACCUGGACGCGGGUGGUGCGCGCGCUGCCCGCCCUGCGGCACCCGUUCACCAUGCAGCUGGUCGCCCAGUCGGCGGUGCGUCGAUGGGGCUGCAUCGCUGUCGACGACCUGACGCUGGGACCGGAGUGCUUCGGCAUCGGCGUACCGGAAAACGAAACCAGAGAAUAUCCUACAGACAGCAGCAACGACGACGCCAUCUUGGAAGCACCGCCGCCGGAGAAGAUCUACGAGGGGAACAUCACGAAAAUGCAACCUCUUGAUGCAAAUGAGAAGUUCCCGUAA